AUGACGACCCUCCAUCACCUCCUGCUCCUCGUCUCCACCAUCUUCACAUCUCCCGCCCUCUCAGCCAUCAACCUCCGUGCUUCUCACCAAGUUCUCUCCUCCGACUCCUCCGACUCCUCCGAAACGACAACAACCACCACCUCCACCGCUUCCACAUUACCACUCGGCAACACUAGGGGCAUAAUCCCAACCCCACCGGUCCCACCCACUAUCCCCUCCCAUCCUCCUGGAACCGACCCCUCCUACGAAUCGACCAACAUCCACCUCAAUUCCCCAACCCAAACCCCCAGCUCCGAACCCAUCUUCCAAUCCAGCUCCUCCCAAUCCAGCUCCUCCCAACCCAGCUCCUUCCAGUCCCUCCGCCCCUGUACCACCACCCUAACCAGCACCACCACCAACACCACCAACACCAACAACCGCCCAUGCCCCCCACCCAACUACGACGGCACCUUCACUUCCUACCCAUCCACCACCACGCUCCUCAAACCCAUCGACUGCCAUGGAUGCAUGUACCUGCACGACGUGGAGGGAGGUGUGUGA